GCGCGGGGCGGGCGGGAAGCGGGACGGCAGCGGCGGCGCGGGCUGAGGGCGCGGUGCUGUUACCAUGGAGACGAGCGCGCACCCCUAUUGGCCGCGCUCACUGGCGUUGCCGGGUUACGUGGCCGGCGCGCGGCCCGGCUGGCAGUGCGCAGGCGCGGUGGCCGUGGCGGCGGCGGCGCUGCUGUGGGCGGGGUGGGCGCUGGGAGGGGGCGGGGCCAAGGGCGGGGCCUCGAGGAGCCCCGCCCGCCGCCUGGUGCUGGGCUGGUUCCUCGUGUGCUCCGGGAUCCACGGGAUCCUGGAGGGAUAUUUCAGCCUCCGGCACCGGGAGCUGCCCGCCGACACCGGGCUGCUGGCAGACGUCUGGAAGGAGUACGCCAAGGCCGACAGCCGCUACAUGACGAGCGAUGACUUCACGGUUGCCAUGGAGACUGUGACUGCCUGGGCCUGGGGCCCCCUCAGCUUCCUCACCUUCCUCGCCCUCCUGCGCCGUCACCCGUCCCGCUACGUCCUGCAGCUCAUCGUGUCCCUCGGGCAGCUCUACGGGGACGUUCUGUACUUCGCCACCGAGGCCCAGGCGGGCUGGACCCACAGCGACCCCCGGCCCCUCUAUUUCUGGGUGUACUUCGUGGGGAUCAACGGGCUGUGGGUGCUGGUGCCCGGUGCCCUCCUGCUCGACGCCUGCUACCAGCUCAGCGCGGCCCAGCGCGGCCUCGACCGGCCCCGCCACAAGGCCCACUGAGCCUUGGGGGACCCCCCUGAGACCCCUCAAGGGGUCACUCGGCACCAGGAGGGUCUUCGAGGCCUCCAGAGGGGGAUUCGGUACCUCCCUGGGUGCCUGGGACCCACCCGAGGGGCAGGGACAGUGGCCUGGGUGCCCCUGGGGGAUAGGGGGUGUCGGGGGUCCCACCCACUAUCCCGGGGGUCCCACCCGUAUUCCCAAGAGUGUGUGUGAGGGGGGUCCCACCCUCAUUCCCAAGGGGUGUGAGGAGGGUCCCACCCUCAUUCCCAAGGGGUGUGAGGAGGGUCCCACCCUCAUUCCCAAGGGGUAUGAUGAGGGUCCCACCCUCAUUCCCAAGGGGUGUGAAGGGGGGGGUCCUACUCUCAUUCCUGAGGGGCGUGAGUGGGGUCCUACUCUCAUUCCCAAGGAGUGUGAGGGGAGGUCACACCCUUGUUCCCAGAGGGGCUGAGGGGGGUCCCACCAUCAAUCCCAAGAGGUGUGAAGGGGGGGUCCUACUCUCAUUCCUGAGGGGCGUGUGGGGGGUCCCACCUGCAAUGUGAGGGGUCUGUCAUGUGUUUUAAUAAAGGAGAUGGAAACAGA